AUGAAGGUCAAGUUCAAGGAGGAUUUAAAAACUAAAUCAGACAUUAACAAUUAUUCAGAUGAUAAACAAUCACCUAAGACAAAAAAGUUAUAUGAAGACAUUACAAAUCAAUAUGAUAGAGAUAAAUUGAAAAAGCUUACACAAGAAAAGAUACAAAAUAGCAAUGUUCAACAAUUCUGGACAGAUAUUACCCGCUGUGAAGAAGAUAGAACCAGCAGUAGUAAUGAUCCAGAUAUUUCAAAUAAUUGUUUACCGUAUCUUAAUUUAACAUUGGAAAGUGAAUUUAGUGACCGAAUUAAAUCAUCAAUUAAUGAAAUUUUACAAUCUUGGAUAAUUGCAUGGAAAAAAGAUGAAAACCUUGAUGAGAAGGAUUAUACUCACUUGUCCUUCAUAUCACCUUUAAACAAAUUUCUUGAAGGGCCUGAACAUCCUACCUACUGUUCAUAUGAACGAAAAAGUCAUUUUUUUGAAUCUUCAUUUGAAGAUAGAGAAAUAUUUGAUCUUCAAAUUUUUAAUCAGUUUUCUCUUGAAAGUGUACUAUUGAGCGACGAUUCAAAAAUAACAGAUGAAAUAAAGGAUACUAUUAUCAUCAAUAAUCAAAAUCCAAAAGUUUAUCAUCGAUCUUCUAAGAAUGAUUAUACCGUUGUUGAAAAAGAAGAUUUAAAAACACCCGAUAAAAUUAAUAAAGAGAGAGGAGAGAAAAAAUAUGGAUAUAUUUAUCCUAUACUGGGUGAAGUGAAACUUCCAGGAAUUAAUGGCAAAAAUGAUUACAAAAAAAAUAUUCAAGCCCUGAAUGAUAAUUUUAAUACGAUCAUUAAAUAUUAUUCGAAAAAAGUAAACAAAGUUUCAUCAAAGCUGUGUAGGCUAUUUGAUGAAGGAGAAAUUUAUCUUCUUCAAUAUGUAAGGUUCACAAGCCAGAACUUUGGUGUUCUAAUCGAUAUUUGUUCAGCCAAGAUUCCUUCAAAGCUAGAAAUUCAGCAUGCCGGUCAAAUGAUAGACUUUUUGUUUUGCAUUAAAUGCAUGGUACAAGAAUUCAUUAAUCAGAUUAAAAAAAUUGAAGAGGAAAUUAAAAAAAUUAAUGAAUAUUCAGACGACAGCCUUGAGGAAUUUGAAACUCCAGGGGAAUUUUUAAAAAAUAAUAUUUUAACUACGCCUUCCUCUCCAAUUCACAAAAGCUGA